CAUAGUGCACUCAUGCUCCUGUUCACGGUCACAGACUGAAAAAAAAUCUGCUAAUGUCAAUGUUAACGUUUCUGUAUGUGCUUUAUUGCCAAGUACAGCUGCAGACUCCAAAACAAAGAUGAACUGGACAUUAUUUUAUGCUGUCAUCAGUGGUGUGAACAGACACUCCACUGGCAUUGGCCGUAUUUGGAUCUCUGUUCUGUUCAUUUUCCGCAUCCUGGUCCUAGUAGUUGCAGCCGAGAGCGUGUGGGGCGAUGAGAAGUCUGAGUUCACCUGCAACACCCAGCAGCCAGGGUGCAACAGCGUCUGCUAUGACCACUUCUUCCCCAUCUCCCAUAUCCGCCUGUGGGCGCUCCAGCUCAUCCUGGUGUCCACACCUGCCCUGCUGGUAGCCAUGCACGUGGCCCACCGCCGUCACAUCGACAAGAGACUUUACAGAAUGUCAGGGCGGUCCAACCCCAAAGACCUGGAGCAGAUAAAGACUCAGAAGAUGAAAAUUACUGGGGCUCUCUGGUGGACAUACGUCAUCAGUCUGAUGUUCCGAAUUGUCUUUGAGGUCACCUUUAUGUAUGUGUUUUAUAUGAUCUACCCUGGUUACAAGAUGAUCCGGUUGGUGAAGUGUGACUCCUACCCCUGCCCCAACACAGUGGACUGCUUCGUGUCAAGACCCACAGAGAAGACUGUCUUCACAGUGUUCAUGCUGACUGUGUCAGGGGUUUGUAUUCUGCUCAACAUUGCAGAGGUGGUCUUUUUGGUGGGGAAGGCCUGCAGUAAGCAUCUGCAUAAUGCUGGCGAUUUGACUCUGGGCGCCUGGAUCCAACAAAAACUCCGCUCGUACUAAUAAAAUAUGGAGGUUUCAUUCCUGCACAAAGCGACAUUAAAGUGGUAAUAACUUUUAUUUAACUAGUGAAGAAGAUGCAUAUAAUAUAAUGAUGAUGAUUUAUCCAGUGGUGCCACUAUGGUCAGACAUGUUUCACAAGAGAAUGCACCAGGCUUUAGAUGACAUUUCCAAGCAUUCACACAGGAAUUACAAUAUUUAUUCAUAAAACCUCUGCCAUGAACUAAAUCCCUGAAUAGAACAACACUCCACUGUACUUACAAAAUAUAAUAGUUUGAUGUUAAGCCAAAUAAAAAUCAAUUAAGUAACGUUUUAUGAAUCAAUAUUCCAACUGACCAUAUUGUAGCCUUUCAUUGCCAUGGAUUUUGUGACUUUUUGUCACAUGUUGUUAAAAAUGAUCAGAUUGUGUAAGAAAAGGGCGUUGAAAUUGUGGGCAUUGUAAGAUACAGCGAUCAGCCAUAACAUUAUGACCACAUGUCUAACACUGUGUACACAGUAGUCAAUGCAGUCAUUGGUUGGCACUAGUGUCACUCUGCAGCUCACUGUGCAUCUUCUAUGAAUCCGUGUGGUUCUGUAGUUCUACUGUUAGGAAGAGCACAGAUGUGUCAACCAUUCAGUGAAAACCCUCUGUAAAAGGAUUGAUAUCAGUGGUCGUGAGGAGUUAGAGAGAACAACCUCCCCUCUCUAGGUCUUAUCACCACUAUAGCCACUGAAUGUUUCUCUUAAUAGGAGACUGAUACACGGCCCCACCCGGGACCUUUC